CUGAUGGCGGGGCCCGUCUCAGGAAGUGUUUAUCAGAAAGGAGAUAUAGUGAUCGGAGGUCUGUUUCCUGUGCACGUGAGGGCACCACAGCCUGAGACGGACUUCCAGGAUGUCCGGGUAAACGGAACGUGUUCUCUUUUUAACCAGCGAGCAUACCGCUGGCUGCGCACCAUGGUUUUUGCAGUGGAGGAGAUUAACAGUGACCCUCACCUCCUACCCAACCUGACACUGGGCUAUCUGGCAGCAGACACCUGCCUGGCUGAGAGCACCACGCUCUCCACAGCCUUGACCAUGGUGACCGGCCUUCAGGUUUCUAGAGCCGGCGACGGAUGCCAAUCUGCCCCUGCUGUCCCAGUUAUCAUUGGGGAUGUACGGUCCUCCUCCUCCAUGGUUAUUGCAGACACUCUCGGGGUGUUUGAAAUACCAAUGGUGAGCUACUUGGCUUCUUGUGUGUGCUUAAGUAAUAGUCUGAAGUACCCGCGCUUCUUCCGCACAAUGCCCAGCGAUGCCUUGCAAGCCCGGGCAAUGGCCAAGUUGUUGCAACUUUUAGGCUGGUCCUGGGUGGGCCUUGUCUCGGCAGACGAUGAUUAUGGCAGGUUUGCCAUUCAGAUACUAAUGGAGGAGCUCAGGGGAACUGGAGGGUACAGAGAAGAGGAGAUGAGAGAAAUGGUUGAGACUAUCAAGAAGUCCUCUGCAAAAGUGGUGGUGACCUUUAUCAUUGAUCAGGAUGCCAAGGCCUUGCUGGAAGAGGUGGUUCGCCAGAAAAUAACAGAUAAACAGUGGCUCGCUAACGAUGCCUGGGUCACAUAUGCUACCCUGUCUGUUCCUCAAAACAUACCCUCCUUAGCCGGAACCCUGGGGUUUGCCCUGCGUAAGGCGGAAAUCCCUAACCUAGGGUAUUUUCUGACUCAAAUACACCCUGCUACAUUCUCUCUUGACCCUGACCCUUUCAAGCAACAGCUGUGGGAGGCGCUGUUUGGAUGCUCACUGAGAGUUACAUUUGGUACUUCAGAAAAACCCUGUUUGGGUUCUGAAAAGAUAGCUGUGGGGGAGAGUACGUACGCAGAUGUGUCCCAGCUCAGAGCCACCUACAAAGUCUAUAAGGCUGUGUAUGCUAUUGCCCAUGCUAUCCAGGAUAUGCUGGCCUGUUCGCCUGGAAGAGGUCUCUUAGUUAAUGGCCAGUGUCCUGAUGUCAGAAAGCUACACCCCUCUGAGCUUUCUCUCUAUCUACGAAGGGUAAACUUCACCACAUCAUUGGGGGAGCAGUUAUACUUUGAUGAAAACGGAGACCCGCCUGCCUCAUACGACAUUUUGAACUGGCACGUGACACAACAGGAAAAGGUGGAGUUUGUCAACGUCGGACAUUUUGUGUCCUCAGAAGGCUCGGGUGGUCAGUUUCACAUCGACAUGGGCAGGGUUAUCUGGGGUGGAGGACAGGGAGACAAGGUACCUGUGUCUAUAUGCAGCACACCUUGUCCUGCUGGUACAAGAAAGGCUGUGCAGAAAGGCCGACCAGUGUGCUGCUUUGACUGUGUGCGUUGUCCCGGGGGGGAAAUCAGUAAUGAAACAGGAUCAACUGAUUGCAUUAGGUGUCCAGAGAGAUUUUGGUCCAAUUCAGAUCGUACAGACUGCCUGCCCCAGCAGGUUGACUUCCUAUCCCAUAAUGAUAUUAUGGGUAUAAUCCUCUCAAUCAUUUCUGUUGCUGGGGCAGCACUGACUGCUGCCACCUUCACUACCUUCUUUUAUUUCCGUCACACGCCUUUAGUACGAGCCAACAACUCUGAAGUCAGCUUCAUGCUCCUGGUGUCACUGAAGCUGUGCUUCCUGUGUGCCCUGGCCUUCAUUGGGCGCCCAGUGGCAUGGUCCUGUGCCCUGAGACACACCCUGUUUGGGAUCAGCUUUGUGCUGUGCAUCUCCUGCCUGCUCAGCCGUACGGUGGUGGUCCUGGUGGCCUUUCGCUCCACCCUACCCGGGGAAAACCUCAUGCGCUUCUUUGGUCCUGUGCAACAAAGACUCGGCAUCUCAAUUUGCACCCUGGUUCAGGUGUUGAUAUGUGUACUGUGGCUGGUCCUGGCCCCACCCCAUCCCGCAGAGAGAGGUGUUCGGGAGAAUCGAGGACCCAAGAUAGUCCUUGAGUGUGACGUGGGCUCUGUGGUUGGCUUUGGUCUUGUGCUGGGCUACAUAGGCUUCCUGGCCUGCCUCUGUCUCCUACUGGCUUUCCUGGCUAGGAAACUACCUGACAACUUCAAUGAGGCCAAGCUCAUCACCUUCAGCAUGCUGAUCUUCUGUGCUGUCUGGGUGGCCUUUGUCCCAGCCUACAUCAGCUCUCCAGGGAAGUACACUGUGGCUGUGGAGAUCUUUGCCAUCCUGGCUUCUAGUUAUGGCCUGCUGCUGUGCAUCUUCGCCCCCAAGUGCUUUAUCCUCCUUCUGAGGCCUGAGAGAAACACCAAGAAACAGCUGAUGGCCAGAUGAAUACCAAAAAAUAAACAUGAAACUGAUUU